AAAUUUAAGAAGUUUUGCUAAAUUAUACCAUUACAAUUGACAGUUUUUGCAUGCAACAUGUAUGUAUAGAGCGAAGCUUUUUGUAUCUGUAAGACUACAAUGAUGGUCGACAUAAUCGUCUUUUGUUGCAACAAUUGCUCAUGAUAUUAAUACUCCGGUUGCCACUUUAAAAAGAAAAAACUUUUUAUUCGUUGUGUUGCUUCUUUUUUUAUUCAAACCUAUACAAAAAAAAAAAAAUGAAGUCUGUUCGUGUUAACAAUGUUGAAGAUUUUGAUGCCCAAGUCAACAAGGCAGUUGAGAGUGGUAACCCCGUUUUUGUCUUGUUCUUUGGAACAGAAGAAGCCGAGACCUCUGAAUCUUGGUGUCCCGAUUGUGUCAUUGCCGAUCCUCUUGUUCGCAAGGCACUUCUUCAAGUCAAGGACUCUAUUCUUUUAGAAGCUCCCGUCGGUAGCCGUAACGAAUGGAAGGGUAACACCACUCACCCCUAUCGUGUCCGUUUCAAUGUGCCUGCUCUUCCCACUCUUUACAAGUGGUCUGCUGCUGGUGCUGGUGAAACUUUGGUUGAAGAGGACUGUGCUGACUAUGAGAAGCUUACUAAGUUUGUCCAAAACUAAAUGGACGUGAGAAUGUAAAGUAGAUACGGGCUGUUACCUCGUAGUAAUGUAUAAAAAUAAAAAAACAUGAAAGCGUUUGAUCUAGAAUAUUGGAUUAGCUGAUACAUUAAUCCCCAAUAUUGGU